CAUUCUCGAUCAUUGACAAGAAAUGUGAUGUAGUACAUUACACACUAGAACCUUAUUGGACAAUAUGAAACUAUAUACGAGGGCACUUAAAAAAAAUACAAAAAGUCACACAAAAAACUAUCAAAACAUCUGUCAACAUCUUCUGAAAACUCCAUUAGGCAUGUCAGCAAGUUUAUCUUAAAAUAUAAAAAAUUACAAGUCAAAAUGUUGAUCGGGCUAGCCCCGGUCUUUGCAAAUAAUACCUAAAGUUCAGGUAAAUACCUACUUUUCGUACGGUAUGUGUAUGCUAUGUGCCGCAGAAUUCUAUGGAUUGGCUUUAUUGGCUCGGUUUGUUCCUGAAGCCAAUCGAAGUAAUUCUAUCUACAAUAUUUGUGCCGGACAAAUUCCCCGUAUUACUCUAGACGUCUGCAACUAGAAGACGAAAGUGAAUGUACCUUACAAAAUCGGAGAAGCUAUAAAAAUAAUACGUGACGAAAGCUGUGACUACAACGGUGGCUGUUUAAAAACCUUCUUUAGCAUUUGCAAUUGUGACCAAUUUGAGGACAGCCCUUGUGACGACGCUGGCGCUUGCUCUCGCGGCAGAUUCCGUGGUGGCGGAGGCCAUGGCGGCCCUGGUGCCAAGCCCUCUGCUCCCUGUGACUAUUAUGUUCGACGAUACACUGGCAACCAACGUGUCUCCCAUGGCGGCUCAGGAGCCAGUAGCACUGUGUACCGCAGAAACGUCGGCCCAGCGGCCAGUGGCCUUUCUGGUGGCAUUAGAACUGUUGCUGGUGGCUUUUCUGGUGACAUAAACCGUGGUGCAAGUGACUUUACGGGUGGUUUGAGCAAUUCUCCUGGCGACAUCUCCGACGGCACAAAUUUUCGCGACAGCAACACACGUAGUCAUAUAAGAUUUUCCAGUGCCUCUCACGGGCACUCUGGCGGUACUAGCCGUUUCUCUGGCGGCGUCUCUGGUGAUACUGGUCGUUCCUCCGGUGGCUUUUCUGGUGGCACUAGCAGUGUUGCUCAUGGUUUUUCUGGUGACAAAACCGUUGCUGUAUCUGGCGGCACUAGCGUUGUCACUAGCAGUGAUGCCAGAGGGGUUUCUGGUGGCGAAACCAGUGCCCCUAGUGUUGGCAGUAUCGCUGGCGUCACUAGUAAUGACGGUGGCAGCAUUACUGGCAGCACUAGCGGUUUGGCUGGUGAUGAUACCAAAACUUUUUUGGCUGAUAGACAAACUAGUGACGCUAGUGAUUCAGUUUCUGGUGGCACUAGUAGUGCCAUCGAUGGCCAGUUACGGGGUGCUGGCAUUGUCUCCCAGGGCUACUCACGUGAUACUCGCAGUAUGUCUGGCGGCACUAGCAGUGACGCUAGUAGUUUAUCUGGCGGCACUAGCAGUUUCACUUGUGACGUUUCUGGUGGCCCUGCCCGCGCCACGGGUGUAAGUUCUGGUGGGAGGAGCAGUGCCAACGUAGGCCAUGCGCUGGGUGCUGAUAUGGUCUCCCGUGGCUAUGCACAUGGCUAUGGUACUAGCAAUGUCGCUGAUGACUUAUCUGGUAGGAAAACCAAUACUGGCGGAGUAUAUUCUGGCGUCUCUAUAAGAGAUUUUGCUGGCGACUUUUCUGAUGAAAAAUCUGGUGAUAUCGGUGGUAUUGGCAAAGCAGCUGGUAGCCACUCACUUCGUGCUGCUUUUGUCACCAGUGGCAAACUACAUGGUACGGGCAGUGGCUUUCCUAACGGCCCUAAGAGUGACGCUGGCGGUUUUUAUAGCGAGCCUGCCAGUGCUACCGUUGUUGACUCCAGUGGCACUAGCAGUGCCCCCGUUGCUCACUCACUAGAUGCUGUGGUGGUGAGUAGUAGUGGCGCUGGUGGCUUUACCGGUGGCACUAGUAGUGCCAUUGGUGGCCACUCUCAAGAUACUGAUGCUAUCUCUCGUGGUUAUGAACGAGAUCCUAGCAGCAUCGCUGCCGUCACUCAUAGUGGUGCUGGUGGUUUUUCAGGUGGUACCAGAAGUGCCAGUGGUGUCUACUCACAGGAUAGUGAUGCUGUCUCCCACGGUUAUGAAAGUGGUGCCAGCAGUAUCAGUAGCGUCACCAGUAGUGGCGCUGGUGGUACCAGCGUUGUCACUCGUCGCUAUCCUAGUCGUAUCGCUGGCGUCACUAGUAGUGGCGCUGGUGCUUUCUCCGAUGGUACCAGAAGUUCCACUGGUGGCCACGCAGUAAAUGGUGAUGCUGUGUCUCGUGGUUAUGAACGUAGUUCUAGCAGUAUCGCUGGCGUCAAUAGUAGUGGCGCUGGUGGUACUAAAAGUGCCACUGUUGGCACAAGUGUCUCACUGGAUGCUGAAGCUGUCUCUCGUGGUUAUGAACGUGGUGCUAGCAGUAUUGCGGGCGAAAUCAGUAGUGGCGCUGGUGGCUUUUCUGGUGGUACCAGAAGUGCCACUGGUGUCCAAUCACAGGAUGCUGAUGCUGUCUCUGGUGGUUAUGAACGUGAUCCUAGCAGUAUCGCGGGUGUGACUAGUAGUCAUCCUGGCGGCUUUUCUGGUGGCACUACCGGUUUAUUUGGUGACUCUUCUGGUGGCAAAACCAAUAUUGCCAGUGUAUUUUCUGGUGGGACUAGCAGUGCAACUGGUGUUUAUUCUAGUGCCACCAGCAGUGACACUGGUGGCCACUCACUGGAUUCUAAUAUUGGUGCUAGCAGUGUCACUGGUACGUACACCUACGGUGGUGAUGCUGGAGUUCACUUCGAUAACACACCGUCUACUUUUCCCGUAGGAAUCAUAGAAGGCACAGGUGCUCUUGCUGGAGGAGUUUCUGGAGGCACCGUGACAGCUGCCAGUGGCAUCACAGAUGGCAUUGGCACAGUUGGGGGAGGCGUACUAAGUGGGGCUGGCCUUGUGAUGCCACCGGUCGGUGGCGUUACUACUUUCUUCGCCAGUGCUAUCGAUCCUAGUGGUGCACUUUUGAGCCAAACAGGUGGCAUUAGUGGUGUCACUGGUUUAGUCUCUGGCGGCAUAAGUACAGUUGCUAGUGGCAUCGCGAGUGGUAUUGGGGCGGUUGUCAGUGGAGUCGCGAGUGGAAUCAGCAUGGUUGCCGGAGAUGUCGCAGAAGGGGUUGGAACUGUUGCCCCUGGUAUGUCUAGUGGCAUUGUCACCAUCGCUUCUAGCGCCACGAGCGGUGUAGGCACGGUUGCCAAUGGUGUGACUUGGCCAGUUAGCACGGUUGUCACUGGUAUUACAGGCGGAAUAAUAAACGUCGGUAGGGGCAUUUCUCACGGUUAUAGUAGUAGCACCGGUGGUGUUGCUAGCAAUAUUGUUGGUGGUGUCACAGGUGUUAUUACUACUGUCACUGGUGGGGUCGCCAGCGGCAUUGGGGCUAUAGCCAGCGGCAUCACAAGUGGUAUUAGCAAUGUUGCGAGUGGGGUGUCCGGUGCUGUUACUACUGUUGCCGGCGGCAUCUCUGGUGGCUUAGGCAGUUUCCCUACAGGCAUUACUGGUGGUAUUUCUAACAUUUCUACUAGCGACUUCACGGGUAGCCUGACAACUGCCACUGAAGGAAUCCCUAGCAAUUUUAGUCCGGUUAUCAUUGGUAUCACGUCUAUCACUAUUGUUAUUGCCGGAGAGAUCUAUAAUGGCGUAUCAACUAUUGGUCAAGGAAUUUCUAGUGGCAUUGGCACUACCGCUGGGGGAAUCUCUAGUGGAGUUAUCUCGGUAUUUGGCGGUGUCAUAAGUGGCAUCGCCAGUGCAGGAUCUAGCGUCAUUGCCACGGUCGCCGGUGGGGUCUCUAGCGGCAUUGCCACGGUUGCCAAUGGGGUUUCGAGUGGCAUUGUUGGUGCAGCCGGUGCGGUAUCUAGCGGUAUUGUUACCGUAGCCGGUGGAGUCUCGAGUGGCAUCGCUGGUGUAGCGGGUGGGGUCUCGAGCGGUAUUUCCACGGUGGCCGUUGGGGUGCCGAGUGGUAUUGCUAGUGCUGCCAGUGGGGUAUCUAGCGGCAUUACCAUGGUCGCCGGUGGGGUUUCGAGUGGCAUCGCCAGUGCUGCCAGUGGGGUCUCUAGCGGCAUUGCCACAGUCGCCAUUGGGGUCUCGACUGGUAUCGCCAGUGCUGCCAGUGCGGUAUCUGGUGGGGUCUCGAGUGGUAUUUUCACGGUGGCCGUUGGGGUGUCGAGUGGUAUUGCUAGCGCUGCCGGUGGGGUCUCUAGCGCCAUUGCCACGGUCGCCGGUGGGGUCUCGAGUGGCAUCGCCAGUGCUGCCGGCGGGGUCUCGAGCGGUAUUUCCACGGUGGCCGUUGGGAUGUCGAGUGGUAUUGCCAGUUCUACCAGUGGGGUCUCUAGCGCCAUUGCCACGGUCGCUGGUGGGGUCUCAAGUGGUAUCAGCACAUUUGCGGACAGUAUAUUCGAAGGCACUAAAUGGGUUUUGCCCGACAGCUCUGGUGGCCUUGGUUUUUCCGAAGGCUUUGGUACUGGAACAUCCGCUGCAAUGGUUGAAAGUGCAGGCAUCAUUGUCUUCACAAUCUGGUACAUUGGGAUCGCCUUCAACUAUAUCAUAGUUCCAAUUCUCGAACGCCGAAGGAGACUCUUGUAUUGCCCAUGCAGAAGUUCCGACAAUCCCCCGAAGGACUGUAUGAUUGGAGCGGAAGGUGAAGGAAAUGGCGCGACUGAGCCUAAAGACAAGAAUGGGUCAGCUAAAGAACAGAGUAACGGGUCAGCUAAAGAACAGAGUAACGGGUCAGCUAAAGAACAGAGUAACGAGUCAACUAAAGAAAAGAGUAACGGGGUAGCUCAAGAAAAGAAUAACGGGGCAGCUAAAGAAAAAGGCAGUGCAACUGAGUCCAAACGAAAUAGCAUCGUGUCUGAGUCUAAAGAUACUGCUCCUCCUCAGAAGUCAGAAGUGCCCAAGCAACCUUCUCUAGGCUCCGUAAACGAUUCAGAGGAACUCAAGGACGCGGUUGACGAUAUGCCAGAAUUCGAUGAAAUAGACGAAGCAGGUGAUGACGAGGAUAACUAGAAGAUGACUGAUGAUAUUUUGAUAUAAAAUACACUAAACUUUUUACAAGAUACACAUUUUACUUUUUUUAAAGAUACAUAUUAUUAUUUUACUAUUCUUGUUAGCAGUUUUUGAGGAGGGUUUUGUUGUAUUAAAUGUUUUACAUUAUUACAAGGCAUGGUUUUAUUUCUGACCUACAUUACGUUCAGUUUCCACAGCAGUUGCAGUUUUCCUGAUAACAAACAUUGGAAAUUCAAUAUCGUAUCGCAUUGCUUUGACUGUGGAAAUGUAAACAUAUUACAAAACGACAACUGAAAUUCAACCGUAUUACUAGAACAUUUAGUUUUAAAAUGCUUUAAAACUGAUGAUUCAUAGGACUUUUCUUUCCAUGGCUGCUUGAUUGCAAAAUCAGUGUUGACAAUUGAAAUUGUACUUUAUUUCUUAAAGACUAAAGUAUAAUUUUGUGUAAAGCUGUUGUUUUUGCAUAUUACAGCAUAUAUCCUAACAACAUUUUGCAUUUAGCGCAUGUUUGUCUGUUCGUUUGUUAGCACUGUGUGACUGAUGUACUAAUUCGAUUACUCGCCGGCGUCUUAUUAGUGAAAUUUAUUUACUGACUAGCCAUUUAGGUUAUGACAGAAUUUAAUUUGCUUUGGAACAGACCCCUUCCGUAUUCCUUUGA